AUGGCCACUACUCGUGAAACCAGUGUAAUGGCAGGUGAUUCAUUCAACGAGCAAGCUCGUACCGAAGAAGCCCGCGAGCGUCGUCACCGGGCCCUAGCCAAAAUCGACAAUGCCCCCUUCGGUCUACAGCACAUCCGCGCCGUGAUCGUCGCUGGUGUUGGUUUCUUCACUGACAGCUACGACAUCUUCGCCAUCAACCUGGCUGUCGGCAUGCUGGGUGUGGUCUACUGGCAGGGCGAGCACAAGGGCAAGAUCCCCUCUGCUUCGGAUACUGCUAUCAAGGUGUCGACUUCGGGUGGAACUGUCCUCGGUCAGCUGUUCUUCGGCUGGCUGGCGGACCGUAUUGGUCGCAAGCGUAUGUAUGGCAUUGAGUUGAUGAUUAUUAUCAUGGCUACUCUUACUCAGGCUUUGUCUUCUGCUUCUGUUGCUGUCUCUAUUACCGGUCUGCUUGUUUUCUGGCGUGUUAUCAUGGGGAUUGGUAUUGGAGGAGAUUAUCCUCUUUCUUCUGUUAUCACUUCCGAGUUCGCGACUACCAAGUGGCGUGGUGCCAUGAUGGCUGCCGUCUUUGCCAUGCAGGGAUUCGGACAAUUUGCUGCUGCCAUCAUUGCGUUGAUUGUCACUGCUGGCUUCAAGGCAUCUCUCGAGUCUGCCAAGGAUGUUGGACACUGCACUGGUGUCUGUCAGUUGGCAGUUGACAAGAUGUGGCGUGUGAUUAUCGGAUUCGGAGCAGUUCCUGCCUGCUUGGCCCUUUACUAUCGCUUGACGAUUCCCGAGACCCCUCGAUUCACUUUCGAUGUUCAGCACGACCUGGUCAAGGCUGAUGAGGAUAUCAUUGCUUAUCUCAAGGGCCAAAAUGAAGGCCAUCCUGAUGAGAUCGAUCGUGCCCGCGUCUUGUAUGGCAACACAUUUGCGCCUCCCCAGCCAGGCUGGCGAGGCUUCAUCGACCACUUUAGUCAGUGGGAGCAUGGCAAGGUUCUUCUUGGUACUGCUGGAUCGUGGUUCUUCCUGGACGUCGCUUUCUACGGUCUGGGUCUCAACAAUUCCAUUAUUCUCUCGGCUAUUGGCUGGACUGGAGGCAAGAAUGUCUACGAGAUCUUCUAUCGCAACGCAGUUGGCAACCUGAUCUUGAUUUGUGCCGGCGCCAUCCCCGGCUACUGGGCCACCGUUGCAACAGUCGACAUCAUCGGUCGCAAGCCUAUUCAGCUCCUCGGGUUCGGAAUGCUCACGAUUCUGUUCAUCAUCAUCGGAUUUGCUUACGAUAAAUUGAUCCACACCCACAAUGGUCUUCUUGCCCUGUACGUCAUUGCCCAGUUCUUUUUCAACUUCGGACCCAAUGCCACUACGUUCAUUGUCCCCGGCGAAUGUUUCCCGACUCGCUACCGUUCGACUUCACACGGUAUCAGCGCAGCAACUGGCAAGGUCGGAGCAAUUAUCGCCCAGUGUGUCUUCGGUCCGCUCGUCCACCGCGGCGCAAAGAAGCCCGACGACUCGCCUUGGCUCAACCAUGUUAUGCAGAUUUUCUCUCUGUUCAUGCUAUGUGGCUUUGCUACUUCUUGGUUAAUCCCCGAGACUAAGAGAAUGACUCUGGAGGUUCUCUCUGGCGAGCCCAAUAGUUCAACCCCCGUCAGUCCUUGCGUGUUUGCCAAGGAUGAGGACAAGACUCGCCUCCACGCUCCCCAUGCAGUCACCACGUCUGUCCUCGCUGAGUAG